UAAAAGACAUGUAAGGGGCAAACAAGGAGUUAAAGUUGUAACAGAUUGUUCCAUAUUGUGAAAUUUCCAGUUGGAGGAGGAACUCUCGGUUCAGCCGAAGAAAGGAAGACGUCUUUUUUCGUUGCUUAAAUUUCUGGUCUGAAGAAGUUAUCUUUUUUCUGGCGGCGGUGGCAAAAUGGGAGAAGGGGGAAAUACAGUUGGAGAUACAGUCCAAACGGCGUCGUUGGAGAGGGUAGAGGCCUUGCUGGAGGCUGCUAGGUACGAUGACAUCGAUGACAUUAUAAGCUUAGAAUCUGCUGGUCUUUCUCUUGAUUCUAAGGAUCUCCACGGCCGAACAGCACUACACAUGGCUUCUGCUAAUGGACAUCUUCAGAUUGUGGAGUAUCUGAUCAGUAGAGGAGUGGAUUUGAAUGCUACAAAUGAGGAGAUGAAUACACCGCUACAUUGGGCUUGCCUGAAUGGACAUGUCGAGGUCGUUAAGAAAUUGAUCUUAGCAGGAUCUAAUCUCAGUGUAUUGAACAGCUACGAAAGGACUCCAGUUGAUGAAGCAGUAAGCGGGGGAAAGAUGGAUGUUCUGGAUGCCGUUAAUGCAGCAGCUGCCCAAGUAGAGCUUAGAGACGUUAGCGUGUCCUAAUGUAUUAUUUAGCCCUAAUGAAAAGUAGGAUUUAUUAUAUAGUUCAUAGAUGUUAUCUUCUUGCAGAGAAUUGAAACUAUUUGCUAAACUAAUGUGAUGCUAUCAUACUAGUCACUUUUUAUGCAUUAAGCUUUGGUAA